AUUCAUCUAGUGGCAAUGAUUGUGUAUUACAAAACAAUUGUCUGGUUAGUUUGCACAUGGUUUAUUUCUGAUACUUAUUCAAUAGACUUUUGUUCAUCAACCGCAUGUGCAAAUGUUGCUGAUUCAAAAUGUAAUUCAACUUCAACACCAGGCACUUAUGAAUGCCAGUGCAAUCCUGGUUACUAUGCACUUCCUGGUACAUGGGUAAAUGACAAUACUAGUGUUAUCAAUUAUGGUACCUUGCAGUUUCCAAGGCAAUGUGAAGAUAUAAAUGAGUGUGAAGAUCCUUCCAUCUGUUCUGAAAACUCUGAAUGCUCCAAUACUGAUGGUUCAUAUGAAUGUAUUUGUAAUAAUGGUUUCGUUGGUGAUUACGUAGUAAGCGACAAUAGGAGGAGAUGCUAUGAUGUAAAUGAGUGUGCACAAAGAGUAUCGAUAUGCCCAGAUCAAACUGUUUGUGUUAAUACUAUUGGUUCGUACAAAUGUAUAUGUGGUGGUGGAAAUCAAACUAAUCCUACAACUGGAGUAUGCGAAGAUGUUAAUGAAUGUGUACCUAAUGGUGUGACUAUUUUUAACAACCCAUGUGAUCGUCAAUUACCUGUUACUCUUAAUUUUACUACAUGCAUAAAUACUAUUGGUAGUUUUCAAUGUGUUUGCCCUCUUGGUUAUCUUUCUCCCCGACCUGAAGAUUUUUAUACUUGUCGAGAUCUCGAUGAGUGUAGCAUGAAUCAGAACAACUGCUCUGUUAAUUCUAUAUGUAAUAAUUUUAGCGGAGGUUAUAAUUGUACAUGUAAGAGUGGAUAUAGUACAAGAAGUGGAGGAGUUGAAACGCUUUCUGAUCAAUGUACAGAUACUAAUGAGUGUGCUGAAAAUCAAUGUUUGAGUCCUCACUGUACUUGUGUAAACACUGUCGGAAGUUAUUUUUAUGUAUGUGACAAUGGUUAUAACCUGCUAACAUUAUUAAAUGGAAGCUCCACUUGUGUUGAUAUUGAUGAAUGUUAUUUGGGUAUAUCAGAUUGUGAUCUGGAUAAUGGAAAUUGCAUUAAUCUUGAUGGAUUCUUUGAUUGCAUGUGCAACCCAGGCUAUGUUGCAAAUAUAACUGAACAUCAUUAUGGUUGUCUUGACGAAAAUGAAUGUAUAACUAUUGGAUGUUACAAUAGUACGUCUGUAAGUGCAGCAUGUUUUAAUGAAGUUGGUUGCUUUACAUGUACAUGUCCACGAGGCUAUACUGGAAAUGGUUAUAUGUUAGAUACUCAAUAUUUAUCUGCAAAGGGACCUGUAAAUGGCACUGGAUGUAAUGAUAUUGAUGAAUGUCUUCAAAAUCCUUGUGCUCCUAAUGAAAAUUGUACCAAUACCAUUGGAUCAUAUAAUUGUUUCUGUGAUCCACAAUUUUUUACUAUUACAGAGUAUAAUGAAUGUCAAGACAUUGAUGAAUGUGCACUUGGUACAGCAUCCUGUCCUAAACAUUCUACUUGUCAAAAUAAAAAUGGAGGCUAUACAUGCGUUUGUGACAAGUUGUACAGCGGGCCACAGUGUGAAUUUGAUGGCUAUUGGAGUGAGUGGCGAAGUAUUGGUAACUGCAGCGUCCCAUGUGGCAGUGGUUUAGUUCAACAAGUGCGAAGCUGCUUGUUAGGUAGCAACUGUAACACAUAUCCAGUUGGUUAUGAAAGAACAAGAAUAUGCAAUACAGAGUUGUGUUCAAAUGUUAAUAGUUUGGUAAAAAGUUGUUGGUGUGAAAACGUAACUCGUUUUUUGAAUAACACAGAGCUUCAAGAAUAUUCAAAUCAAAACAAUGUUGAAGUUGAUAAAAAUAAACAAGCUAUUGUUGAUAUUUUUAAUAAAUGGGCUGCUUAUCCCAUUGAUGGAGUCUGUUUUAUUAACAAACUUAAAAAUAGUUUGACAGCAAUAACUAAUGAUAUUGCUUUUGUUGAAAAAUACGCAAGCCAUACUGUUGAUUUGAAAACACGUUUAGCCAAUAUUAUUCAUUGCAAUACAAAUAUGGGCAUUCGUACUUCUUUAAUGACGGCAUAUAGACAAAUUCAAGAGAGAAAAGUUUUAGGGUUCUCGUUGUUAAACGAGAUUCGAUUAAAAAGAGAUGACCUUUCAAAGAAAAUGAACUUUUGUUUGUCUUCUGGUUUUCUCAGCACCCUCUGGAGUUCUGUAACCGCUACCUUUAGAUCAUAUUAAUUAACGUGGGGAGUUCCCAAAAUUUUCUGAAUGCUACAGUUACAUUAAAACAAAAACAUAUAUAUAUAUAUAUAUAUAUAUAUAUAUA